AGACACUCAGUAGGAGCCAUUUCUCUUCAGCCGAGCUGGGGGCAGUUGCCCAAAGAUCCCGAGGGUCCCCAGGGAGUGGGGGACUUACACGCUGCUCCCUAAUUAGCUGCACUUGUAGGAAAGAAGCCGGAGCUGCAGGCGUGGGCUGGCGGAUCAGUCUGUCCCUCCUCUGUGUAUGUGGGAGGCUGAUGCUGCUGCUGCUGCUGGAAGCAGGUGGGAUCCGUAUCGCUGCAACUCCGGAGAUCACUUCCCACACUCACAUACAUGCCAGGCAGAUAAGGAGUUGGGGUGCGGGCAACCCCUAGAUAUACAGAGGUUAGGAGGAUCGCGCUAACCCUGAGCCCGGCGUGUGUGUGUGAAUGGGAGGGCACUGCUGAAGCCUGGGAGGUGCUGCUAUGUGAUAGUGUGAGCAGUGAAGCAGCGGGAGGAGAUCGCUGGAUACUGAAGCUCUCACGCCUACUGGAGCGCUUGUGUGCCGGCUGGAGCCUGCCCGGUGGGGAUUUAAACAGCAGCUGAUGAGCCAGAGAGCUCCGCAUGCACGAGGUACUGAGCAGUCCCUUCAGGGGAGCAACCAGAUCGCCCGCCUGUGUGGGAGAGGCUACUGCCGAGCCACCAAACAUGGGGGAACAACCGAUCUUCACCACAAAAGCACAUGUCUUCCAAAUUGAUCCCAGCACUAAGAAGAAUUGGGUCCCUGCAAGUAAACAGGCAGUUUCAGUUUCUUACUUCUAUGAUAGCACAAGGAACAGCUAUAGAAUUAUCAGCGUUGAUGGGACCAAGGUAAUAAUAAACAGCACAAUAUCACCCAAUAUGACCUUUACAAAAACAUCCCAAAAGUUUGGGCAGUGGGCAGACAGCAGAGCAAAUACAGUUUUCGGCCUGGGAUUUUCCUCUGAACAGCAGCUAUCAAAGUUUGCAGACAAAUUUCAAGAAGUCAAAGAAGCAGCAAAGUUAGCACGAGACAGAUCUCAAGAGAAGAUGGAGACCUCAAGCAAUCACUCCCAGGAGUCUGGACGAGAAACUCCAUGUUCAACUCGAGCAUCAAGUAUUAAUGGAACGGAUGAUGAGAAAGCUUCUCACGGGGAGCCGCCUGAUGAAGAGUUGAAGAUUGAAAAUGAUAAGUUAAAGACUGCCCUAGCACAAAGCUCCUCCAAUGUGAAGAAAUGGGAAACUGAACUGGAGACACUAAGAGAGAACAAUGCCAGGCUAUCGACUGCUCUUCAGGAAUCCAUCUCCAGUGUAGAACAUUGGAAGAGGCAGUUUCUGACCUGUAAGGAUGAGAGUGAUCAGCUCAGAAUCAAGAUUGGAGAGCUUGAGGCACAAUGUGAUGAGAUCGAGAAGGAAAGAGAGAGGAACAAGGAGCUCAACAAAAGAUUACAAGAACUGGAAGUUGAAAUCCAGGACAAAGAAGCAGAGCUGGAAGACCUGAGGAAACAAAGUGAACUUCUUCCCCAGCUGAUGGCAGAGUGUGAAUCUAUGACUGAAAAGCUUCAGGAUUCUGAGAUAAGGAACCAAGAGCUGGAAGAGAAAGUAAGGACUCUGAGAAAGGACAUGGACGAGAGCCGACACAGACAUGGCCACUUGAAAUUGGAACUCAAACAUUUUUUGAAUGUAUUUGAUGCAAAAAUGGAUGACUUGCAUGAAUUACGUCAAGGACUUUCCAAACUACAGAUCGAUAACUAGGCUCACUAGGGUGUUGUGGAUUUGUUUUCACAUGGUGUAGGGGGUGCAAGCCACUUGAAACACAGGAUGCUGUGCUCACUGCUUUCAACCUUUUAUAUCACAAGCAAAUAGCUGGGAUUUAACCUGUGGUUUUUUUUUAAAUUCAGAUUGGCAACCAAUAGCUGCCUGACACUCUAAAGCCAUUUGUUUCAAUUACUACAGAAUGUGUCUAGCUAGGGUUAGAUUUAGACUCAGUGUAAUGUGACAGACAAAAGAUCAAAGCACUCGUUGUACAUGGAUAUCACACCAUGGCUACUGUCUGGUAAUUAUUCCUGUCACAGCACACAUUCCUUUGCUCACAACAGUGCAGAGUAAAUGAAGCAAGUCAGAAGGUCUGUGGAAAGGUAGCAGACUGGCAGGCCCCAGUGCAAAUAAUAAUUUUCAGCCCUUGCUUCGGGAAAAUCUCAAAUUGCAUAAAGUGCCCAAUGAAUCUACACUGCUCCCUAUAGGAUGACUAGAUGAUGGCGCUGCAAUAAAUAAAUAAAGCACAUAGCCAGAAACAUAGUUAAUUUACUGUUUCAGAAACCAAGUUGCAGUAAUUCAGAGAUACACAUCUUAUAAGUGAAAGGACAAGGGGUCCUUAACCUAUCCAAAUACAGGAUGUCUGAUAGCAUGCUCUUAAUGCUAAGCCACCAUGAUUCCCUUUAAUACAAUUAAAUGUCUUCCUAUAAUUUAUUUAAUUUGUGACAUAUAAUACAAUUUCUAUUUCUAGCACACAUUUCUAAAUUGAAACCAGUGCAAAUCUGACUAACUUAAUCUACUACUAGACACUGUUUGUGAUUAAAGUAAGUAUAAUGACUCAUUAUGUCCUAUUUAUAAUAAUUGGUCUCUUCCAUUUUUAGUUUGAUAAUUAAUUAGGAGGGUUCACCUUAGUCUUGAUAUAUUUACAUUUGUACAUACCCUAGUGUUGAAUAUGUAGGAAUCUCACAGAUAUAUUCAUGUUUUUGAUACUUGUAUUCACCAAGGUAGAAUUAUACUAAUCAGAAAUUUUCUGCUUAUCAAACUUUACAUUCAUCAAAGAAUCUUCCAUUUGCAGCUGUUCCAAGCUUUGCUGACCUUUGGAAUCCAAGUUAUAAUUUUUAAAGUUAUUCAGGGGAAAUUUCAACCCAUGCCUUCUGUAACUCUUCCCAGAGAUGUCACUGGCUUGCAGGGUAAUUUAUAUGGCUUUAAAGGAGAACUAAACCCUAAAGUUAAAAAAAACCUACCCUACAUAGUACCCCCCCCCCCAUAGAGUCAGGCAUCAGAGUUCACAGGCGCCUUCUUCUUCUCUUUGGAAAUCUUCGGAAUAAGACCGGCAUGGAGCAACAACUGCGCAUGCACUGAAACUCAUGAAAAUUGCCGAAGCGCUGGUGUCAUUCCCACGUUUAACAAAGCAGCUGAAGAUUGUGCCCGUGAACUCCAAUGCCUGAAUCUGCACCAAGGGGCAAGUAAAAUGUUAGGGGCAUUUGCCAGGGUAACACUUAGGCUGGGGAGAGGAGGGAGGGUGGUUCUAUGUAGGUUAGGGUUUUUUUAACGUUAGGGUUGAAUUCUCCUUUAAGUUGAAGUUCUUCCCACAAGAGCUCAAUAUGGUUGAGAUCAGCUGCUUCCUGUUUCUUCCACAAAUUGGUCUUGCUUGAUGAUGCUGGUGUAUGAGAAGGAACUGCCAAGAGAAUUGCCUUGUCUGAGUGAUUAUCCUUGGACCUUAGCAGACUCCAGCCAUCUGGUGGUCAAACUACAUGCUUUGUUCAUUAAUAACUUUAGACACUGGCUUUGUAUGAACUGAGUAACAUUUCUGCCUUCCAUUUUACUGAGUGCAGUUAAUGAAAAUCUGCUCUUUAACACCCUGGAUGGUGAGGAAUAUAUAUAGAAAGUUUUGGGUAGGGUUGGGGUGCUACAGGAUUUAGUAUUAGUGGUUACAGUAAGUAAGUAAGGACUAUUCUUUUAGGAAGAAUAUACCACUGCAAAAGCUCUUAGCUCCAAAAGUGAAAGAUUGAGUGGCUUGAGAAAGGGCGGGCAUGAGCCCAAAACAUUGUCUGACCUAAUAAAUUAAGUUUUUCACUUUUGCAACUAAGAGGUGCUGCAGUGGUAUUUUUUCCUGUUUGUCUGUGUAAUCCCUCGCAAUGGUUUCCGGACUGCUUUGCACCCACUUCACAUGUUCUUACAAGGUGGUUGAAGUGCACACAACUUUUACUACUAAGGACUAUUCCUAAGCAUGAAGCCAGUGACCUGGUGCCCUGCAAUCCCUGCUUCCAGCAUUUAAAUGGGACAUAGUUAUGAGCUGCAUUUUGUUGGAAACCUGUGCCACAAAGCCCCUUAUGGUGUACUGGUGGGAAAAGUUUUCAAGAACUGCAGGCAAAUAAUGGAUUUCAUUAUCCAUCUAUAGCUUUUUACACCACACCACAAACCAUUCUAUUUGCAAAGACAGACUAAUGAUUCCUAUCCACAAAUCUGAUUUUAUGAUGCUGAAGUGAUAACCAUCUUUCUUUCUGUUGUUCAUUCAAAUACCUAUUGAACUUUAAGGCCCACGUUUUGAAGAAACAAUGCAGAUAAUAUAUAUAGUAAGCACAAAAAGCCCAAGAAUAUGAAUAUUAUUAAAGUACGUUUAAAUAAAAACAGUGACACUUUUGAUGACUAAGUUUACUUUAUGAAUUAAUGGAGCAUUUCCAUUUUUCAUACUAGUCCUUUACAGACCAAGUUCAUCUGAGAAACAGUUUUCUGCUUUUUUUUGUGCCUUCUGAAGUCUCCGGUGGGACCCAGCCGUCCAGUUUAUAGAAAUGUCAUUGUCAUUAGACAUGGCUGAUAUGUUGCAUAGAAGCGUUAUUGCCGCCAGUUGUCAAUGUGAGAACGCAACCAGUAAGACUUAUAAUUAAGUCCCUAUAGUUUUUUUUUCACUUGACGUGUUUGAGAUGCAGAUUUGGGCACAAUAUAAUAAACUUACCCAGAGGUUCAACAACUCUAAAACACUAAUGAUACUUUCAGUUGUCUACGGCAGCUCUCUAUCUUGGAUCUUUUAGUCUUUUUAUGCCAAAGUCUUUUUUUUUUUUAUGCCAGUGGUACUGCACAUGCUCAGUGUGCUCCAGUUUGCUUUUGACAAACAAAACUUACAAAUAGUCACAAAUUAUCAAAACAAUAGCAGAAAGUGAGUUUCCAUCUUUCACAGUAGGUUGGUGAGAUUAUUACUAAUCACACUUAUACUGAGAAUUUUAUUUUUUUGUGUAUGUAUAUUGUGUGUUGAUCCCUAAGCUCAGGUUAGUGACAGCAGCCCAGAACAUGUGCUGUAAAUCAAUAGAAAUGAAGGUUUAACAACUGGGGGCAUGCUCAGAGGCACAGGAAUGGCAAAAUGUUCUGCAAUCCAUAUCUGGUUUAGUCUUCAUUGUUGGAUCGGCAGUAUGACCAAACAACUUUUUACAAGCACAGGACAUUCCCAUUCUAUAUAACUACACAUAUGCCUGUAAACUGGAGCUGCCAUUUUCUUUGCCUCAGAAAAGCUCUUUGUCCUAUUUCUGGCUAUGAGAAAGGGCUCAGCAGGGUAAUGCAUUAUGGUAACACACACUCAUUUGUUUUAAUGCAUUAAUGUUUCUUAAAAGAGAAAGAAAGACCUCCUGGUGCCAUUAUGAGAAAACCUGUGCUAUAAAGUCACUAAUAUGUCACAUCUAUAAAUAACUGCAUUGAAGUUGCCUUUCUAACUGGAAUUGGUCUAGUAAAGAAAACAUCCACUUAUGUUGCAUUUGACAGCCAUGUUAGACCAUAAACAACUGUUGCUUUGACACCUGUUUUUACAUAGACAUUUGUGUUGUUGCUAAACUAUAUGCAACUUUUAAUUCUGUACCUUGUCUCACUAGUUCCGUAGCCUGGUAUACAUUGCAGUUCCAUUAACCACACUCCCUUGUUUGACUGUCUACUGGUUAAUUGUUUGGGUUGACCUUGGGAUAAGUGAUCAUACUUCAUAAGGUAUAACCUUUUAUCCAUGCUUGGAUUAGUGAUGGCCAGUAAUUCCUGACAUGGUCAUUAUAUAGUUUGUGAUGGCAAACAUGGGCCAUUAAGCUUUGUGCCAAUCUCUAGUCCAAGAGCGAGAAGGCUACAUGGUUGAUAAUCCUGACAACAACAUGACGCACCCAAUGGAAGUUAUAAGAAUCAGUAAGUGGUUCCACAACUCAAUUUCUCUCAUUCACAACCACCCAGAUCUAGAUCUUUGCUCAUUUAUUUAACCAAAGUUGCCUUCUGCUGCCACAGAUCAAAAUAGGAAUUCUCUAAAAGGCACCAGGUGCACCUAACAUGGACUCAACAGCAGUAAGAGAAAAUAGUACCUACUUUCAUGGAGCAUUAUGAUGACUUAAUUCUGCUCUAUUUUCCCCUUAGGUGCAGUAAGUCUCCUUGGUAAGGCCAGACGUUUUAUAACAAUGUAGCUUUAUUACACAAUAUCUUGUUUCUUCAGAAUAAAAUACUAAAAUGGCUACCUCCAAGAUGCUCGCUUUUAGUAGGGAUUGUUUUCUGUUCUAAAUAGCAAAAGCAAGAAAAGCAAGAACUGGAAAAGAGGACUUCCUUUCAAACGUGGAAUUUAGUCUAAUCUGCAGCAAUCACUCAGCGCUGCUUGCAUUAUUCCUGUGAAUCCUAAAAUAUUGUACUGGUUGUGAUGGAAUUUAUGUGUAAGAGUUUACAUCCUUCUGAAGACUUUAAAGGUGGAGUGUUCGGUGGGGGAAUAGCUUUUAUUUAAAAGAGAGGUCUAAAGUUUUGAAGCAAUAGUUUAUAAAUAAGAUGCCAUAAUGUAGAAAUGAAUGAACUAAAUGAAAUAAAGCACUUGUGAAAUA